AUGAUUUUUUCAACUCAAAUCCAUAUAUUCCUUCUAAUCUUCUUCUCCAUUCAAACCUCCAUUGCUCAUAUUACAAAUUCGGAUCAAUCGCAGGAUACAAGUGGUUACAAGGGAGUUCAGGGUGGAUUUUCCGAACUCGACGUCGAAAUUCCACCCGAAGAAAAGGGAUUUGCGUAUUAUUUGGUGAUCGCAGUUUUCGUUUUGGCCACAAUUUUCUCGACAAUGUUGAACGCGGCUUUUCUCCUAAUUUCCGCCGUUUUUUGGAAACAUUUUCGGGGAAUGACGUUUUUCUGGAUUCUGACGCAAUUGACGUUUGCUGUGUUUGUUGUGAGCAUUUUGAAUUUGAUUAUUAAUGUGCCGGCUACAGUAUUCUCGAUGUUGACUAAAGAAUUUGUACAGUCAGGUAAUGGUGGAAGGGUACUGUAGAUUUUGGCGCGAGAAUCUGAUAAGGGCUGAUUCACGAACGAAAAAAAGUUAAAAAUGUUUUUUUAACAUUGAAAGAUCAAUUCACAAAAAGUCUAAAAAACAUUGUAGAUCAAAAUUAGUUUUUCAAUGUUUUUCAGUCAAAAAUGAUGACAAAUUGAGAUUUUCGAAGCUUCUGGAGUAAUUUUUGAUGAAAAUAAGCUUCGAGAACCCUAUUUUGCAUUUUCGAAAUUCACCAAAAUUUUUAUUUUACGAAAAAUCAGCAAAACCUUCUGGAAAGUGAAUUCCAAGGUCAAUUUUCAUUGGAAAUUACUCCAGAAGCUUCAAAAAUAUUGAUUUGUCAUCAUUUUUGGCUGAAAAACUUGAAAAACUGAUUUUUUUUACUUCUCGUGAAUUGAUCUUUCGAUUUAAAAAAAAAACAUUUUUCCUUCGUUCGUGAAUUUAUUUACGCGAAAAAGCAAAAUUCAAAUUUUCGUUUAGAUCAAAAAUUCAUCACAUUGUUUUUUCCAGAUGUUUUCAUAAUCAUCACCCAUCUAAUCGAUGUUUGCAACUACGCCAUUCUAUUUUCCAACCUAGUUAUCGCAAUUCAACGAUUCUUCGUCUUUUUCAUCCCAAACACUUUUGAGAGAAGUUUCAAAAGUCCCUUUAUUUUCAUUUGGUUUAUUUUAAUUUGGGUUGUCUCAGCUUUGAUGACUUUUAUAUUUUAUUACAAUUCCUGCCUUUAUAAGUAUACAGUUAAUUUGAAAUAUGAAUUGACUUGUGAGAGCACAAAAACAACGUUGGUUAAGGUGCCAAAUCCUACUGCAAUUAAUGUGGUGAGUUUAGAAAAGUUACCCUAACCUUAAUAACCUUAAGUUCAAGUUGAAAUCUAAAGGUUAACUUCGAAAGUUAAAGAAGGAAGCUUCAGUAAAGUCUCAUGGAGCUUCGGGAAACCUCAAGAAGCCUCCGAAAGCCUAGGAAAGCCUGAUUGAGCCGCUGGAAGUCUAGGCAAUCUCCAGCAGCCUCUUAAAGCCUCCGGAAGUCUUCGGAUUCUUCAAAAAGCCUCAGGGAGGUCCUGGAAGCUUCAGGAAUUUUCAAGAAGCUUUGGGAAAUCUCCAGAAGCCUCGGGAAAUCUCCGGAAGCCUCCAGAAGCCUCAAGAAGCCUGAUUAGGCUUCUGGAAGCCUCAAGGAGCUUUGGGAAAUUUCCAGAAGCCUUGGAAAGCCUGAUAAAACCUCAAGAAGCCUCAAGGAGCUUCGGAAAAUCUUCAGAAGCCUGAAUAAGUUUUGGGAAAUUUCCAGAAGCCUAGGAAAGCCUGAUAAAGCCCCUGGAAGCCUAAGGAAAUCUCCAGAAGUCUACGCAAGCUUCAACAAGCUUCAACAAGCCUCAGGAAAACUCUGGAAGCCCUAGGAAGCCUAAGGAAGCCUUGGGAAAUCUACAGAAGACUCCGGAAGCUUUGGGAAAUUUCCAGAAGCCUUGAAAAGCCUGAUUAAGCCUCUGGAAGCCACCGAAAGCCUUUGGGAGCCUCAAUAAAACUCCGAAAGGCUUCGGAUUCUUCAAAAAGCCUCUGGAAGCCUUGGGAAGUUUCGGGAAGCCUCGGGAAGCCAUGGGAAAUCUCCAGAAGCCUGGGGAAGCCUUGGGAAGCCUUGGGAAGCCUCCGCAAGCUUUAAAAAGCCCUUUAAAACCUCAAGAUGCGCUAGGAAGCUCUGGGGAUUCUCCAGAAGCCUCGGGAAGGUUCCAGAAGGCUCCGCAAGCUUCGAAAUGCACCCUGAAGCCUCAGGAAGACUCCAGAAGCCUGAAUAAGCCUCUGGAAGCUUGGGAAGUUUCGGGAAACCCCAAAAAGCCUUGGGAAAUCUCCAGAAGCCUCGGAAAACCCUCUAAAGCCCCCUAAAGCCCCUUAAAGCCCCCUGAACCCUCCAAAAGCCUAAAAACCUGUUUUUCCAGCUCGACACGGCCCUCCAAAUCCUCAUCCCCCUCGCCAACUUCGUCGUCUAUCUCGCAAUCAUCAUCAAAAUCGCCAUCAUCCGCCAAAGUAAUCUGAGCAAACAGGAAUUGUCGAUUUUGAAACAGGCGAUCAUUAUUUUCGUCAUGUUUCAGGUGGGAAAUUUUUGCAGAUCUCAAGAUCAGAAUACGAAUUUUUGUUUUUUUUUUCAAUUUUGAAAAAAAAACAGGUGAAAUUCGAAAAAUUCAGAAGUUCAGGACACGAAAAUUUCCGAGCUCAGGCUCAGAAAAAAAAAGUUUUUCCAGUUUUCCUCCACAAUCUUUCUGCUCUGCCAAAUUUUCACAUUUCAAUCCUAUAUUGCUUUUAUCAUCAAGCGUCUGAUAAAUUCGGUGAGGGAUUUUCAGAUGGAGUUCUGAAAUUUCUAGAUACGGUAGAAAAUCUACAGUAACCUGAAAAUUGGGUAGAUCAAAAGUUCAUUACAUUAACUCACAUUCAAGAAUUCAUUUUCAAAAAAUUAGCGCGAAAAUCUUAGGGUUACUGUAGAAAAAAGUGCCAAAAAAUUUUGUAGAUCACAAAAAAAUCUAUAUUUCUAUUUCCAGACCCUUCUCCUCGCCGGCACCGCAACUCCCCUCUUCUUCUUCGCCACUUCCAGCGAAGUUCGUCGAGUUUUUCGAAGUUCGACGAGUUCCGGAACUUUUAUGAGCGUCUCAUCGAAUGCUUUUGCGAAUCGCGAGAGAAAUUCCAGAAAUACCUGA